AUGGGUUUCCAUGGCGGAGCAGCUGCAUACAAGCCUCACAUCACCAAGUCCAAUGCCAAGCGUGGGAUGGAGGGGUGUAAAGCACACGACACUGGACUGUGGAGCAGUGGAAACGUGGUCUGUGGAAUGAUGAAUCAGGCUUCUGUAUGGCAGUCAGAUGGGCGAGUCUGGGUGUGGUGCAUGCUGGGAGAACGUUACCUGCCUGACUGCAUUAUGCCAGCUGUGAAGAUUGGUGGAGGGAUAAUGGUGCUGUACGUAGACCCACUAUUGCCGCCUUGGGCUGCUAAAGGUUUUGAAGCAUGGGUUCAGGCAAUAGAGGAUGAGCUGCCCGACGAUAUAUCUGUCAGUGCCAGACAAUACCUGUCUCACAUUACCAGCGCCACCUAUUACAGGAGGCGUCCUCUGAGGCGGGAGACCUCCAGCGUCCACACGUGCCUCCUGUCUGCCGACCAAAUCCUGCAUGAGGAAAACCUAUAUUCGUCCGUCUCUGCUGCGUCCCAGUUGCGGUUCCUCUUCCCGGUCAACGGAAGAAACCCCGAGUCCACAACACCUCCAAACCAGGAUGAGCUGGUCACUAGGGAACUCCCGGAUUCGUUGGACGAACUGACCUCUCUCUGCGUCAAGGUGGAUCUCCGGAUGCAGGAACGUGGAGAUAUUUUACAACUGGAUACCAAGUUAAAACCACUGAUCAAAGAUAAACCACAGAUCAUAUAUAAAAAGGCACAGAAUCUAAAACAGAGUCUGGGUGAAGAUCUUAUUGAUGUUAAAGUAGAAGAUAUAAAAGUAGAAGAGCAGACGCAUGUGAUGGGUCAUCAGCAGUGUAAGGAGGAGGAAAUCCCUACAGAUAUCAGCACAGACCCAUCUAAAGAUCCAUCUACUGAUAUAAAGGAGGAAUCAGUCUCAUGUGAUGGAGACCUCACACACACUGAAAUGUAUACAGCCGCAGAUCAUACACAGAAAAUAUCUACUCGUAUAAAAAGCAACUGCAUUACAAAUGCGUCUUGCUCUGGAUGUGAAAAAUGUUUUACUCUUAAUUCAGACCUUGUUAUACAUCAGAGGAGUCACACAGGAGAGCCACUAUAUUCCUGCUCAGAAUGUGGGAAAGGGUUUAGAAGUAAUUCAGAACUUCUUGUACAUCAGAUGAUUCAUACAGAUGAAAAACUGUUUUCUUGCUCAGAAUGUGGGAAAUGUUUUAAAGUAAAUUCACAUCUUGUUAAACAUCAGAUGAUUCAUACAGGAGCAUCCCCACAUUCCUGCUCUGAAUGUAAGAAAUGUUUUAGAUAUAAAUCAGAACUUGUUAUACAUCAGAGAAGUCACACAGGUGAGAGACCUUAUUCUUGCUUGGAAUGCGAGAAAUGUUUUCCAAUUAAAUCACUACUUGUUAGACAUCAGAGAAGUCACACAGGUGAGAGACUAUAUUCUUGCUCGGAAUGUGAGACAGUGUGUAUAAGUAAUUCAGAACUUGUUAGACAUCAGAGAAUGCAUACUGGAGAGAAACCGUUUUCCUGCUCUGAUUGUGGGAAAUCUUUUACACUUAAAUCAGUUCUUGUUCAACAUCAGAAAAGUCACACGGGGCAGAGACCAUAUUCCUGCUCUGAGUGUGGGAAAUGUUUUACACGCCAUCCACAUCUUGUUAGACAUCAGAGUCUUCACACCGGAGAGAGACCGUAUUCUUGCUCGGAAUGUGGGAAAUGCUUUAUACGUAAUUCUCAACUUGUUGUACAUCAGAGAAGUCACACAGGUGAGAGACCAUAUUCCUGCUCAGAAUGUGAGACAGUGUGUAUAAGUAAUUCAGAACUUGUUAGACAUCAGAGUCUUCACACCGGAGAGAGACCAUAUUCUUGCUCAGAAUGUGGGGAAGGGUAUAGAAGUUUUCCAGAGCUUGUUAGGCAUCAGAGAUUUCAUACAGGUGAGAUACCAUUUUCUUGCUCAGAAUGUGGGAAAGGGUUUGAAGUAAAUGCACUACUUGUUAGACAUCAGAUGAUUCACACAGGAGCAUACCCAUAUUCCUGCUCUGAAUGUGAGAAAGGUUUUUCAAUUAAAUCAGAACUUGUUAUACAUCAGAGAAGUCACACAGGAGAGAGACCGUAUUCUUGCUCGGAAUGUGGGAAAGGGUUUAAAAGUAAUGCAGAACUUGUUAUACAUCAGAGACGUCACACCGGAGAGAGACCGUAUUCUUGCUCUGAAUGCGGGAAAUGCUUUACAUGCAAUUCACAACUUACUAAACAUCAGAAAAGUCACACAAGAGUGAACCCAUGAUAUAGGUCUGAGUGUAAGGAGAGGGAGUUAUAGUAAGACAGAACUUUUACACGAGUGCGGUCACCCAGGAGAAUACUCAUAAUUCAUUCUCUGUGUAAGAAAUGUUUUACAUGUUUAUGUUCUGUACGGCAGAAUGUGUGAUUAUUACUAAUAAUAACAAGUAUUAAUAUACUCUGCACUGA